UGUUUGAAGUAACUCUUCGUUUGAAAACCACUAAAAUUAGUAUACAAAACAAUGGUGGAAAAAUAAUUUAUUUUUGUACAGUUAAAUACUAUUUACAUAUGAUUAUGCCUUCUUCGCCAAUUGUAGCAUAUUCAUACGACCCUGACGUCGGUAAUUUUCACUAUGGUCCUGGUCAUCCCAUGAAACCCCAGAGAAUUGCACUGACACACUGCCUGGUCAUGCAUUACAAUCUGCACAAGAGGAUGCAGGUGUAUCGACCCUACAAGGCUUCCAUGCAUGACAUGUGCCGCUUCCACUCGGAAGACUACAUAGACUUCCUGAUGAGAGUCUCACCACAGAAUGUACAGAAUUUUACAAAGCAGCUGAGCAUGUUUAACGUAGGGGACGACUGUCCUGUAUUUGAUGGGAUCUACCAGUUCUGUUCCAUGUACACAGGUGCCACUCUGGAGGGGGCAGUGAAGCUAAACAACAAUGAUUGCGAUAUAGCAGUGAACUGGUCUGGGGGACUGCAUCACGCCAAGAAGUUUGAGGCUUCAGGCUUCUGCUAUGUGAACGACAUCGUCAUCGGAAUAUUGGAGCUGCUCAAGUACCACCCACGAGUGUUGUACAUUGAUAUUGACAUUCACCACGGAGACGGGGUCCAGGAGGCGUUUUAUCUCACAGACCGCGUCAUGACGGUCUCCCUGCACAAAUACGGCAACUACUUCUUUCCAGGGACUGGUGACAUGUUUGAGAUAGGGGCAGAAUGUGGACGCUACUAUUCGCUCAACGUCCCGCUGAGAGAGGGAAUGGAUGAUGCCACAUACAUGAGUGUGUUCAAGCCUGUUAUACAGCAAGUCAUUGAAUUCUACCGACCUACAGUGGUAGUGCUUCAGUGUGGUGCUGACUCCUUGGGUAGUGACCGCCUGGGCUGCUUCAACCUCAGCAUCAAGGGACAUGGGGAGUGUGUGAAGGUGGUCAAGGACUAUGGCCUGCCCCUGCUGGUGCUGGGAGGGGGAGGGUACACCAAGAGGAACGUGGCGAGAUGCUGGACGUACGAGACCUCCGUCAUACUCAAUGAAGACAUCAGCAACGAUAUACCCUACAAUGAGUACCUAGAGUAUUUUGCACCUGACUUCCUCCUUCAUCCAGACAUCUCAACAAAACAGGAGAAUCUCAACACAAAACAGUACCUGGAGAACAUCCGUCAGAUGGUGCACGAGAACCUCAAACAGUGUGCGGCUGCCCCCAGUGUGGAGAUGCAGGACACGCCUCCUGACCUGCUUUCCCUUGAUGUGGUCGCUGAGCCUGACCCUGAUGUGCGCUAUGGCCAGGCAGAGCAGGACAAACACAUUGAAGCUAAUAAUGAGUAUUAUGAUGGUGACAAAGACAAUGACAAAGAAAACGAUGGGUUCCUCGAUGUUUGACGACAACUUACGGGUGAUUAGGAUCAUAAAAGGUCGUCUUUGUAAAAAACAGGCAGCACACACUUCAGUCAAGACCAACUGCAACAAAUUGUUGCCCAUUAUAGACCAACUUUAUAGAGUCCAAAAAGAGGUUUUAUACUACUCUGGAUGUUUCCAGAAAUGUUUUUAUAUUGCUCUUGAACUGUUAACUGGAAAGUACUUGGUACGACUCUGGAACUGUUAACUGGAAAUUACUUGGUACAACUCUGGAACUGUUCCCAGAAAAGAUUUAACACUACUGUUCAGUUUGCAUAAAAGAUUUCAUCCUUCUCUUGAACUCUUCAGUUUGUGUUUAAGAUUUCAUACUACGCAGGAACUAUUUUAAAGGGAUUUUUUCACAUUUUGGUAAAUUGACAAAUUGAAAAAAAAAAUUGUUUCAGAUUUCCAUAUGUCCAUUGUAGUUAUGAUAUUUGCAAGGAAACAGUAAGACUAGACAAAUUGUCAUGAUCGAAAAUAUUCAUUAUAUGUAUCAUUUGACAAUUUAAAAACCUGAAAGUUAUAAAGUGCACAAAUGCGAAAUGAUUAAAUAAUUUGGAGAG